ACUUAAAAAUGCCACAAGAAAUCAGCUUUACACUCAAAGUCUUUAAAGUGAAAGACCAGCCAAUGGGCACUAUCAGGGUGCAAAGAGAUGUUUGUUUGGUGAUUACUUAACCAAAUCCUGUAUUGCAGGAAGGGGAAAGACUGGAGGAGUGCUAAAAACUAAGCAGGAUGGUGGAGGUAUAAUGUAGCUGGAGUUGGGCUGGCAGAAAGCAACUGGGUCGUGGAAGCCAUGCUAGAACAGGAGAAAGGGACUGUUUUUUCAGGUGAAAGACUGAGCCCUGUCACGAGGGCUUGCUGUGAUGGGCAGGGGCAGGAACACAUGUACCAUGGAAUUAGUUCUUUAUGUGGAAGUAAGGGCAGCACGAAUACGGAGUGGAAAACAGCUGCAAGCACACAGACCCCCGGAGAAGGCAUAGGAACCGCGUCCCCUCAAGCACCAGCUGGAGCAGAGGGCAAGGCGACGAGGGCCAGUAGGCAACGCCGGCCCUGAGGAGCGCGGCUGAGACGGCUUCCCUUCCCCACCUCGCGAGGGCAGUCGGGCCGCCCUCGGCCUGCCUCCUCCCGCCGACGGAGUCCCCUCCUCCUCGCCGCCGCCUCCCCAGCCACCGCCGGGGGCGGGCGGGCACGGGCGGCCGAGCUGCUCGGGCCCUGCCGGCGCUGCCCAUGGGGGAGUGCGGGGUGCCCGCCCAGGUCCAGCUCUUCCUCCGCGCCUGCGAGCAGGGCGACUGCGAGACCGCUCGGCGUCUGCUGGGGCUGCCCGGCGGCACCGCCGGGUCGGCGGCCGCCUCCGCCUGCGGCACCGAGGAGGCGGCGGAGCCCCACGGAGAGGCGGCCGCCGCCGCCCCGGCCCCCGCCGUCGCCGUGGACUGCACCGACGAGGCCGGCAACACGGGGCUGCAGUUCGCCGCGGCUGGCGGCCACGAGCAGCUGGUGCGGUUCCUGCUGCGGAAGGGGGCCUCGGUGCAGAGCACGAACCACUACGGCUGGAGCCCGCUGAUGCAGGCUGCCAGGUUUGGUCACCUAAGCGUGGCUCACAUCUUGCUGGAAAAUGGUGCUGAUCUCAACGCACAGAACAAGUUAGGAGCCAGUGUCCUCACAAUGGCCUGUAGAGGCGGCCACGUCAGCAUGGUAAAAUUGUUGCUGGAAUCUGGAGCUUAUGUAGACAAUUAUGAUCAUUUUAGCACAAAUGUGCUUAACAGCAGCAGAGAUGACCUUCCUGACAUCACUCCACUGAUGGCAGCUGCACAACAUGGACACGAGGCAGUGGUACAUCUGUUACUAGACUGGGGAGCUGAUUGCAAUUACACUGUGAAGACUAUGGGCUGGAGUCCUUUAAUGCUGGCAGCUGUUAGUGGUAAGGUGAGCUUAGCACAGCAGCUCAUGGAGAAAGGUGCCAAUCCUGAUCACCUCAAUGUACUGCAUAAAACACCUUUUGAAAUCUCUAUGGGCUUCAAGCACAAAGACAUGAAGGACUACCUGGAGUCUCUCACAACAAUUAGACUCCAUACAGAUACAGAGAAGAAGCAACCUGAUGUCUUUCAUGCUUUGAAGUUGGGCAACUUUCAGCUGGUUAAAGAGAUAGUUGAUGAAGACUCAAGUCAGGUCAAUAUUACCAAUGUUGAUGGCGCAUCUCCAUUGAUGAUUGCAGCUGUAACUGGACAGCUGCCCCUUGUCCAGCUCCUUGUUGAGAAAAAUGCUGAUGUUGACAAACAGGAUAAUGUUCAUGGUUGGACAGCACUAAUGCAAGCUACAUACCAUGGAAACAAAGAAGUUGUAAAGUAUUUGUUAAACCAAGGAGCUGAUGUCAAUCUUCGUGCAAAAAACGGAUACACUGCUUUUGACUUGAUAAUGCUACUGAAUGACCCAGACACAGAACUUGUACGGUUACUCGCAUCAGCAUGCAUGCAAGUAGACAAGGACAAGAAUAAACUGAACAACAGAUCAUCUUUGCCUUGUUCCAGAAGUAGGCAGUCCUUAAAUGUCCCAAUGCUGCCAGAUGACAAAGGAGGUCUAAAGUCUUGGUGGAGCAGGAUGUCCAAUCGGUUCCGCAAGCUGAAGCUGACUCAGACAUUGCGCCAUGGAUUUUCUUCCAAUCAGUUUGGGCCUUUUCCUGAUGAGCCUGAAUCUUCAUUAAAUUCCACCAUGAAAGCAGUUCCACAGAGUGAUACAGACCCCUCUGGAACUACUGAUGCUCCUAUGGCCUGGGUCACAAAUAACACAGGUGUAAACACUACAAAAGGAGGGAAGGAUGAUGAAUUAUUGACAACCAUGUUGAGAAGUAGUGCUCCAUUUACCAGGCUGCCUAGCGAUAAACUGAAAGCGGUGAUACCCCCUUUCUUACCACCCUCAAGUUUUGAGCUUUGGAAUUCUGAUCGAACGCGAAUCAACAAAGAUGGCAAAGCUGAACAGAUGAGAACUGCCUGGCCACAGAGGGCAAUCAAGCACGAUUUUAACAGCAGUGGGAACUCAGAUGUAACAUCUGUUAGCAAAGGUACAAGACCAGUCAAAUUACCAGCAUUUGCAAGAAGACCUGCAUCUCCUUCAAAUUCUACCAACUUCAACCAUUCUCCUCAUUCUUCUGGUGGAUCCAAUAAUAUUGCAGGAAUUAAUAGGCACGGAGGAGAACUGCAUAACAGAUCAGGUGGCAGUGCAGACAAUGUUUUGUCGCAGAUUGCAGCCCAAAGAAGAAAAGCAGCAGGCUUACCUGAACAGAAGCCCAGCCAACAGAAUAGUCCAGUCCAGGCAACUCCUUCAUCCACCCUGUCUGAUACACAGUGCGUUCAAACAGUUGGCAGUGGGCACAUAGUAAAGCAAAAAACAGAGAUGAACAAAAGACCUCCAUCUGGGACUUCAUCUACAUCUAAAAGCACAUCACCAACUCUCACACCUUCCCCAUCACCCUCCCCGUCUCCUAAGGUUCACAACGUGGAGUCCUCUCUCUCUUCUUCUCACAGACAGGCCAAGAGCAAUGGUUCCAGCAGUGGUACUAUUACGGAAGAUGGUAACCACUUGGUGGACCAUCAACAGCUUGUCUCUAUUCUGAGAACCAGUGAUGUAGAGAAUCAUGAAAGAAGAAACCAUAUGAGAGUAAAAGGAGGCGGUGAAAACUUGGAGAAAGAUGAGCUGACUGGCAUCCUUAAAAAAUUGUCCCUUGAGAAAUAUCAGCCUAUUUUUGAGGAACAAGAGGUGGAUAUGGAAGCCUUCCUUACUCUUACUGAUGGUGAUCUGAAGGAGCUGGGUAUUAAAACUGAUGGUUCAAGGCAGCAAAUUCUGGCAGCUAUUUCUGAACUGAAUGCAGGAAAGGGACGAGAGAGACAGAUUUUACAAGAAACAAUACACAACUUCCACUCUUCCUUUGAGAGUAGUGUUAGUAACACACGACCUCCUGGUCAUUCCCAGAGAGAAACUACAUACUAGGAAGAUGUUGCUUUUUUAUAACCCAGUGAAUGUUUCAAAAAGAACAAAUAAAACCACAGAACUAGCUUGCUGCUUCAUCAUUCAAAUUUAGAGCAGAUGAGCAGCCUGUGGAGGCUUGAGGAAAGAUGACUGCUCUGCAAUACAAAAGAUUCUGCUUCACUGAGAUAGCAAGCAGCAGUACAAAGUCUGAAUCUCCUAGGAAACUCUGGAUUGAAGAAAUGGUACUGUCCCAGGAACUGUUAGCAUUGCUGUGUUGAGGUAAUAUUUUUGCUUACAUGAUUCUAGUAAAGGAGCAAGUCAGAACUUGAAUACCCAGUUGCCAGGACUAAUGUGUAGGGGAUUUUUUUGGUUAAGAUCUGCUCAUUCAUCAAAGGGUCUAACAUAGCUGACACUGAUCUGCAGGAUCAUAGAGAUAAAUGACAUGAAAGGAGGGAGAGCUGAAUCUCAGUACAAACACAGCAAAUCAGAAAUAAAAAAGAUGAAAAAAGCUCAUAUGGAUUAAAUGAUAUCGUAUGAAAAAAAGAAAAAGCAAAAUAACUGAAAAUAAAAUUAUUUAUUCCUGAAAGUAGAAAUUGAUUCCAUCUGCUAAAUACAAAAUUAAUAUAAGGAUGUGUAAAAUUUCGGCCGUGUGAUGAUAAAUGGAAGUAUUUAUCAGAGUUCCCUUCUCCAAGUCUGAAAUUUGUAAUAGAAUUGGCCACUGCAAAAAUGACAUGAAAAAGCAGGAGAGCAUCCAAAGACUGAAGGACACAGUCUUUAUUUUUCCCUAGGGCAUUUUUUAUCCUAGAUGUGGAAAUAUAAAUAAAGGUUUAUUUGAGGUAAUGCUAACUGUCAAAUAGCUUAGUUUGUCUUCUAAUACCAAAUUUAUUGAAAUACAUGAAAGAAAAAAAUGAUCCUCAUUAUCUGUUGUAGACAUCAAGCUGCCCUUCCCCACCUACACGUAGCACUUUUGUUGUAGCAGCUGAGAAGAGAAUACCUUGUCAUCAAGCAGUUAUACUGAACAAAAGAAUUCAUUGAAUAUUCUACAGAUACACAUUAAAUGAAGAAUAACCGCUUAUGAAAUAUGAUCCCAUUCAAACUGUGAUAAAUACUGUUUUAUUUCAGCAAUUCUGAUCUUCCAGUUUCUCCUUAUGUAAUGCUGUGUGUUGUAUAUUGAUACAUAUUCACACAUACAUAUCUACAGGUACUCAUAUAGGCAUUUAAAAAUCUGAUGUAAUAAAGUGGAAGAGAGCAGGGAGCAGUUUGUGUAUAUGCUUUCCACUUUUGGAUUCAGAGUCAAAAGAAUCAAAUGGAAAUUAUCCAAAGGAGGGAGUUAGAGACGUUGCAGAGUAAGAUAUAAAAGUAAGAGCAAAACUGUAUAGAAUUGUAAACGGAAAGGUGCACAUUAAGAAAAGAGAAAUACUGGAAAGGUUUAUGGCAGCAGAUGACUUUUCAUACGUUCUCUGUAUAGGAGUGGGCUUAAGAUGAGUAAAAUGAAUUACAGGGUCAAGCUUUUGGGGUCAGGUGUAACAAUGAGACUGGGAAGUGUGAGCCUGUUUGUGGUAACUGCAGAAUUUGUCUAUCUUCUUUAAAGCUUUGUGUCUCACUGGUUGCAAGUUGUCAGAUUUAUCUAUUUAUUCUU